AUGAGAAAAGUUUCUUUGUUCUUGUUUUGUUGCAUUGUUGCAACAUAUUUACUAAGUCUCAAUGUAGUUUCAUCACACGAGAUGGUCGACGUGACAGCUCCAAACAUGGUUAAAGACAUUGAGCCAUACAUCUCUAAUAGAGCUCUUGGGUUCGUGUUGAAAUUGGAGAAAAACUGUCCUAUAAAAGAACAACUAGGAUCAUUCUUUGAUAAGCUAAAGGAUCUCUUGAAGUUGGAGUCUUCUGUUACGCCAUUGAUCGAGAACAAUGAACCCAAAACAUUCGAGUUUGAUCUCAAGUCUAAAUCUGAAACACUCUUGCAAACAAUGUUUAAUCUUGGGAAAGGAUUGUUGAGUUCGAGUGUAAGAAAGGAGAUGUUUGAAGUGAUGAAAUCUCUCACUCAAUUACAUGCUGCAAUCGGUAGAGUUAUUGUAGAGAAGCAUAUAAGUGGUGACGAUGAAUCAAUGUCACUUUCCGCGGAACAGAAGAAUGCGGUAGAAAGCUCAAUAACUGAAUGGGAACAAACGAUUAGCCGAAUCGUGAAGAUUGUUGUCGAGGUCAAAUCAAAAGGUUCAACCGACGUUUCGUUAGAAGAAAAUAGUAAUUCUGGACAUAACAAUGUUUCUAUGGAUAGUAACAUGGCGAAUACCAAUGGAGAGGAUUCAGAAACCUCUCAAGGAAAAGAAGAUGGCAUUCAAGGAAGCUUUGGAGGCAAUGUAUCAAUGGAGACUCAAGAAGGCAACAAGGGGGAAGAUGAUAAAGUAGGUAAUCUUGUUUCUGAGAAUAGUGGAAUAAAGGACAUUAAAGGUGAAAAUGGAGACUCUAAUAUCGAGGCGGAAGUAGAGGGACAGGGAGGAAAUUUAGGAGAUUCAAGCGUUGGUAAGAAUUUGGAAACUAAUGAAGAUGUUAAGUCAGGGAUAGAGGCUAAAAAUGUUGGAAGUUCCAUGAAUGAGAACUUGGAAGAAGCUAACAAGACUAAUGGAGUUUCAACAAUGGAUAUGAAUUUGGAGAACAAAGGAAGUGACGAAGAGGGUAAAGAUGAUAAUAUGGUUAAUGCUACAACAAAUGAUGAAGAUCACAUGAAAGAAAAGAGGGAAGAGACUCAAGAAAACAAUGGAGAAUUAGCGAAGGAUGAGAACUUGGAAAACAACAUAGGUAAUAAAGAAUUGAAGGGCAAUGGAUCAAUAGAGUCCAAGACAAAUAAUGAAAAUUCUAUGGAAGAAAAGCGAGAAGAGAUUCAAAGAAAGACUCAAAGAAGUCAUGAAAUUUCUAUGAACAAAGAAACAACUAAAGGUGAAAAUACAGACUUUAACAAAGAUAAUGAAAUAAAAGUUCAAGGAGAAAAUACUGGAGACUUGACGAAUGGUACAAUUUCGAAUAAUAAUGAAGAUGUUAAGUCGGAGGUAGAUUCUAAUGGAAGUGUUGGAAGUUCUACAAAGGAGAAGAAUCAAGAGGCUCAAGGAAACGAUAUAGUUUCAACAAAAGAUAAGAACUUGGAGAAUUCAGGAGUUGAUAAGGAGACAAAGCAUGAUAAAUCAGUAGAGGUUACGACAAAUGAUGGAGGCCAUACUAAAGAAAAGAGGAAAAGAAAUGGAGAAUCAAUGAAGAACGAGAACUUAGAAAACAUAGAACAUCAGAAAGAAUUAAAGAACGACGGAUUAGUAACGGCAAAGACAAACAAUGAAACUUCCAAGGAAGAAAAAGGAGAACAAAUGCAAAGAGGUCAUGAUAUUUCAAUAAAUGAUAAGAAAAUGGAGAAUAAAAGUGGGAAUGCAUAUGUGAACAAGGAGAACGAAGCACAAGUUGGAGACUCAACUAGUGACAAUAAUAUGGAGAGUAAAGAUGAUGCUAAGCUGGAGGUUGAUUUCAAGAAAAAUGGUGGAGCUUCCAAGAAGGAAAAGAGAGAAGAGGUACAAGGGUCCAACGAAAGUUCACUGGAAAACAAGAAUUUGGAGACCCAAAAAGAUCAAACUGAUUUGAAAGAGGAUAGCUCUAUUGAGGAUAAGAGAAAUGUGAGAAGUUCUACGAAAGAAAAUCAAGAAGAAGCUCAAAGAAAUGGGAGAGAUAAGAAAGAGGUUAACGAUGAUAAGUCAACAGAAGCUAAGAGAAAGAGAAAAGAGUCUAAGUCGACAAAAAAUAGUGAAAAUAAGGUCAAUGAAAUAGAAAACAAAGAAUCCAAGAAGGUAAAAGAAGGAGAAAAGAAAGAGUCUAAAGACGCGAAAUUAGUGGAAGCUAAGGAAAACAAAGAAAUUUCCAUGAAAGAAAAACGAGAAAAAAGCCAAGGAAGUACUAGUGAAGGCCUUAAUAAAGUAGAUAACAAAGAAGAAAAGAAAGAGUCUAAGGACUAUCAAUCACGCAAAAAUAAGGAUAAUACAGAAAGUUCCGUGAAAGAACAACAACAAAAGGCACAAGAAAAUGGUGGAGUGCAUACAAUGAUAGGUAAUAAACAAGAUAAUAACGAUUUAAAGGAUGGUAAAUCAGUGGAGGCUAAAACAAAUAAGGAAAGUAUCAUGAAGAAAGAUCGAGAACAAGCUCAAAGGAACGACAUAGAUACAAUGCUAAAAAAGACUACAAAAGAAGAUAAAAGUUCUGCUGAUACAACCGAUGCAAACUCAAAGGAAAAAGGAAAAGAUAAACAUGAGAAUAAAGAGUUUAGAGGAAGUCAUUUGAAGAAACAAAAAGAAGAUAAAAAAGAGAAGAAAGAGUCUGGAGAUAGUAAAUCAAAGAAUAAAGAAAAGAAUAGAUACAAAGAUCAUAAAGUGAAGAUAAAAGACGAAAGUAAAACAAAGAAUACAAAUUCAAAGGAGUAUGAAUUGAAGAAAAAAGAAGAAGAUAAAAAAGAGAAGAUCAAUUCUAGAGAUAAGAAAAAGGAGAACAAAGACUCUGAACACCGUAAAUCUAAGGAAAAGAAAGAAGAAAAACAAGAGAAGAAAGAAUUUAGAGAUCAUAAAGAUAAUAAAAAGGAAACCAAAAAGAAAGAGAAGAAAGAAUCAGAACACCAUAAAUCAAAGAAAAAGGAGAAAGAGAACAACAAAUAUGAUGAUACAAGAAAAGAGAAAAAUGAAGACAAGAGAGUGAUGAAGAAGGUAGAAAAUAAAAAAGAAAAGAAGGAACAUGAAGACAAGAAAUCGAUGAUGAAAGAAAAGGAUAAGAAAAUGGAAGAAUCGAAAGAGGCACAAUCAAAGAAAAAAGAACACGAAGACAUGAAAUCAAAGAAAAGAAAAGAAGAUAAGAAAGUGAACAAAAAGUCUCAAGACAAGAAAAAGAAGAAAGAAAACAAAGACAGUUCAUCAAAAAUAAAUGUAGCAGAUAAAAACAGUGAAUCGAAGAAAAUUGAAGAAGAUAAAAAGGAGAAGACAAUUUCCAAAGACAUCCAACAGAAGAAUAAAGAACAAGAGAAGAAACAUUCUAACGACAAGAUUACGAAGAAAUAUGAAGAAGGUAGAAAGAAGAAAGCAAUGUCGAAAGAAAAGAAUAAAGAACAAGAGAAGAAACAGUCUAACGAAAAAAAUGAAGACAAGAAGAAAGAGUCUAAAGAGGAUAACUCAAAGCAAGGAGGAGUUCAAGCAACAACUCAAAUAGAAGGUGGAGAAGGUAAGAAUGAAAUGAAAACAGAUGCUCAAGUAAAAAGGGAAGAGUCUUUAAAAGAUAAGAAAGGAGACAAUAAAGAAGAUCAUGACGAAAAAGUGGAUAAAGAAAACGAUGAACAUUAUAAAAAGAAAACUGGAAAGAUCAUAAAAGAUAAGGAUGCAUCAGACAAAGAGAUAGAAGAUACAAAGUCAGAAGAAAAGCACAAAGAUAAGAAAGAAGCCUCGAUGAAAAAGAAUGAAGGGGUUCAAGAAGCCAAUGUCACAUCAAAUAUCAGCGGGAAGAAAGAUCAAAAUGAGUCUACUCAUGAUACAUCUAAAGAUAUUAAUAAGAAUGAUGAAUUCUUAAGGAAGCAAAAACAAGUUGAUGAGGGUCACGUAAAUAUUGGAGACUCGGAUAAGAAGGCAUCAGAAAAAAAGAUAGAUGAUACAAAGUCAAAAGAAAAACACAAAGAUAAGGAAGAAGCCUCGAUGAAAAAGAGUGAAGGAGUUCAAGAAGCCAAUACUACAUCAAAUAUCAGCGGGAAGAAAGAUCAAAAUGAGUCUACUGAUGAUACAUCUAAAAAUAUUAAUAAGAAUGACGAGACCUUAAAGAAGCAAAAACAAGUUGAUGAGGGUCAAGUAAAUAUUGGAGACUCGGAUAAGAACACGAAAGGGGAAACCAAAGAAAAUAAUGGAGAUUUAGUGAACGGUACAAGUAUAGAGGUUAGCGGAGGAAGCAAAGAUUCUAGAGAUGGUAAUACAAUGGAAAACAGUGGAGUUAAAUUAGAUUCUAUGGAAAAAAAUUCCAGUGAUAGUAAUAUAGCUGAAACAAAUGGAGGUAAAGAAGAUUCCGUAAAAGAAAGUUCUGAAGUCGGUAAGAGAAAUGAAACUAAUGGAAGUAAAGAUGUUUCAGUUCAAGAAAAUUCUAAAGAGGGUAAUGUAGAAGAAGUGCAAAAAGGUCAAGAAGACUCUACAAAGGAAGGUUUCAAAGAAGGUAAGGAAGAUCAAGGUAAUGGAGGUAAAGAAGUAACUAUGGAAGAAAAAUCCAUAAAAGAAAGUUCUAAAGACGGUAAGGGAACUGAAACCAAUGGAGAUAAAGAUGUUUCAAUGAAAGAAAAUUCUAAAGAUGGUAAUAUAGAAGUGAAUAAAGAAGGUUCUAAAGAUGAUAAAACAGUUGAUAUAAAUGGAGGUAAAGAAGAUUCAACUGAGGAAAAAACUAAGGAUGGUAUGACAACAAGUUUAAAUGGAAGCACAAAUUCGACGGAAAAUGGUUCUGAAGAUAGUAAGACAGUUGAAACCAAUGGAGUUAAAGAAGAUUCUGCAAAUGGUAAUAUAAAUGAAAUUAAUGGUACAUCAAUGGAAUCCAAAGGAGAUAAAGUAGAUAUGAAUGAAGAUUCUAUGAAAAACAAGACAAUGGAAGCUCAAGAAAGUAGUAAUGGAGAUUUAAAGAAUGGUAAAGUAGAGGAGGAGAACAAGGAAAGCAAAGAUGUUAUGAACAACCAAAACUUACAAGACGGAGGAAGCAAUACAACUUUCAUGAAUAAUCAAACAACAGGAAAUGGCACAACUUCCACAACGAAACAAGAGAUAAGGACAAAUAUCGAGACCAGCACAUCUAAAGAGGUUACAAGUUUCAUAACAAGCCUUGAGAAGAAAUCUCCAGACACCCAAGAGUUCCAAAGCUUCUUUGAGAAACUUAAAGAUUACAUGAAAUACUUGUGUCCGGACUCUUCAACAUUUGAGGCAAAAGACUCAAGCUCUUACAUGUCAGAAAUGAUAAGUAUGGCCACAAAACUCUCGGAUGCUAUGGCUGUCUUGCAAGCCAAGAAAAGUGGGUCAGGAGAGAUGAAAACAACACUACAAGGAUAUCAACAAGAAGUGAUGAAGACUCUAAAUAUCCUUCAAUCAGUUAUGUCUAAAGCCAUAUCUGAAAAACAAAGCACAGAAGGUGGUUCCUUGACGCUUACGGUAUCACAACAACAAGCAAUUAAGGAGAUAGUGUUGAAAUGGGAACAAGUGAUGUCUCAAUUUGUGAAGAUUGCUACUGAGAGUGAGAAACAAUUUUCAGUUGAGAUUUCAUCCGGAAAUGGCUACCACAUGAAGAAAAGUUCUAACUCUAGUUCGAGUUCAAGUUCGAUUUCGAGUUCAAGUACACAUUCAAAUAUGGAUUUAAAGGUCGAUGGUGAAACUUUGAAGGGACUAGAUAUGAAUGUUUAGAUAGUACAUAUGUAAAUAAUAUACUCUAAAAUAAUGGUGUUUAUGAUUAAGUAGAAAAUAUUUUUAAUUGUAAUUAAAACUCAAGUCAUCUUGAGGUUUA